AUCGCCCCGCCCACCCUAACAAUUAUCAUCUACUUCUUCCUAAAACAAUCUCUUCAACUGCAAGAUUUCUGCUUCGAUGGCGGCCUCAAACCCCAAGGUUUUCUUCGACAUGGCCAUCGGCGGUCAACCUGUAGGCCGUGUCGUCAUAGAGCUCUAUGCCGACACCACUCCUAGAACCGCGGAGAACUUCAGGGCCCUCUGCACCGGUGAGAAGGGUACGGGUCGAAGUGGCAAGCCCCUUCACUACAAGGGCUCGUCCUUCCACCGCGUGAUCCCGGGGUUCAUGUGCCAAGGCGGUGACUUCACCGCUGGGAACGGAACCGGUGGAGAGUCCAUCUACGGCGCCAAGUUCGCCGACGAGAACUUCAUCAAGAAGCACACCGGCCCCGGCAUCCUAUCCAUGGCUAAUGCUGGGCCCGGCACCAAUGGGUCCCAGUUCUUCAUCUGUACGGCCAAGACCGAGUGGCUCGACGGCAAGCACGUCGUGUUCGGGAAGGUGAUCGAUGGUCUGGAUGUCGUGAAGGCGAUCGAAAAGGUUGGGUCCAGCUCUGGAAGGACCUCGAAGCCCGUGGUCGUCCAGGACUGUGGUCAACUCUCUUAGAUCUAACUAUUAUCUAGUAAUAAUAUGAUCAUGGUCUUUUUUUUUUUAUCUAUUGGGGUGUCGGUUUAACAUGUUCCUAGUGUCGUUUUGUUGUCAUCGAGUUUAUGGUUAAGUUCUUGCUAUGGAACUGGUCUUAUGGAACUGGGUUUUUGUGAUCCAUUCCACUGGUAAUUAAGACUUUUUUACUAUGAUGUGAUGAAAAAUGAGCUACCUUUUUAAAUAAAGAACGAUCUUUGUGAA